AUGUCUGAUGACGAAGAUUUUCCUGAGGAAGAAUUAAACCUUGGCCAUUACGAAGGCGAAAGAAAUGAAAGCGACCAAAGACAUGGAUUUGGAAAAGCUUACUUUCCAAAUGGUGACGUGUACGAAGGCGCGUAUGAAAACGGAAAACGACAUGGAAAAGGCUUGUACAAAUUUGCAAAUGGCUGUCGUUACGAUGGUUCCUAUUUAUGGAAUCGUCGUGAUGGUGAAGGUGUAAUGAUUUUUCCGGAUGGUUCUAAAUACGAAGGAAAUUGGUCCGAAGAUUGUCGUCAUGGAAAUGGAAAGUAUUAUUAUGUCAAUGGAGACACCUACGAUGGAGAGUGGUCCAAAAAUCUAAAAAAUGGUCAAGGAACGUAUACGGAUAAUCAAACCAAUUCUGAAACGAGAGGAUUUUGGCAUCAUGGAAAACUACAUGGUUUGGUAAAAAUUACACUUGGUGACCACAUUUAUGAAGGGUCAUAUGACAAAACUGCGGUAAGUUUUACCGACUAAGUGUAUUCCUUUCAUAUACCUACAAUCCCUUAUACAGUAAAUUUCUCCUCCACAUAUUGACCAUCCAAAAGCCAUGCAUGAAACGUAACUCUAUUUCUCAUUUUCGUUGCAAUUUCUUACUGUGUUCACAAAACGUGGAGUGUACUUUAGCUAAGGCUGCAAUUUCAAACAUUUCCGCUUUAGACACAUUAGUCACUUAAAACGAAAAAAGGCAUUUUAAGUUAAAAUAUUUUCACGAAAACUAAUUUCUACGAAUUUCGCGAAUUUAAUCCAUUACAAAUUUGUCUGCACGAAAAUUCCUGGACAUAUAAGUUCGCAAAAAUUCAACAUCAAGAAAUGUUUAGGAAAGCAUAAGGUAGCUACUUUUUCUUAUCUUAUUUUCUUAUCUUUUUUAGUAAAAUUUUCUUUUAUAGUUAGUAAAGUUUAUAGUCAGUCUGUGAUAUGAGCAAGUUGAAUUAAAGCUAUUUUAUUUCAAUAAAUAGGCCUAAAAAAUGACUAGUCGAUUCGCGAAAAUAUGUUUUCGCUAAAUAUCUCAAAAUGAUCGAUUCGCAAAAAUUAUUCUUGACGAAAUGCAUUUUUUCAAACCUGGCGAAAAUAAGUAUUGAGAAUUAGCCCACUUAUGGUGCAUAAACCUAUGGUCACAUCUCUGUAAUGUCUUACCUUUCAAGUCUUGUUGUACUAACUCCCCUCACAUAUUAGUGAAUACAUACACAUAUAUUUUAUCCAUAAUAAAACAUGUCACAGAUGAUAAAAAACCCUUCUAAAAUAACUUUUGCAAUUUAUCUUUCCUCUUUUUAUGUUAUUCAGAUAUCUGGUGAAGGGAAAUUUAUUUUUCCAAAAGGACACGUGGAACUUCUUGGAAGGUAUGAAGUCACUGAAAAGGUUAGUACAGCUAGUCAGAUAAUUGUAGCGAACUCUAUGUAGAUUAGGGUGUUAAUGUUAGAACGGGAUGUUAUCAAAGUUACUAGUCAUUAAAAAGAACAGGAUACAAACAUAAAACAUUGAAGUCGUUUUUAAAGUGAACCUACAUGAACUUACCAUUUCUUGAAAACGUUAAGUUAAACUUGGUACCUUUGAAUGUCCUCAUUAUAGCAAUGGUGUUAUAACUACUUUUGUGUUUGCAGCCGUUUUAUCAAUUUUGCUUUCAACAUUUUGAAUAUGUGUCAACACUAUUUUUUUUAUACAUUUGCCUUGAUUGUGCCUACGGAUUUUUCUUGCGUCUGCGUGGUAUAGGACAUUGAAAUAUGGCAAAGAUUAUGUCAAAGUACCUUAAAACGCUGUCAAAACGGUCGUAAACAAUCUGAAAAUUAAUGUGAUGUGUUGAUAGGGCCAUUAUGUUUUACGCAUUACGUAGCACAAUCUGAAAGGAUGUAUUAUUAGUGUAUUCCUUCAGAUUUAAAAUUUUUACUUAAGGUUGAGGAAAUCAGUGAAUUAGAUGAAGAAGAACCAAAGAAGAUUCGGAUUUCGACUUGGAUUACAGAACGCAUGCAACCUAUCUCGUUAACGUCAUAAAAUCUUCUAAAUCAAGCCGUCCUGUGAAAGCUCUAGACCUGUAGACUCGAGUGAAAUGGUUAAAAUGUGUUAAAAUUUGUAUUUGAAUGCAAAAGUGUUUUAAGAAAAGUUUAUACAUGGAAA